GUUUUCCUACGUGAAAAUUUAGCCGUUGGUGAAUUUAUUGGGCGUUUCAUAAGAGUUUCAAAUGUUCCAGAUGGAGUCUUCAAGUCAUCCUACAAAGCGUUUAGUCGCAAGUUGCUUAAACUACUGGCGCAUGACUCUCGGAUUGUUGUUGUGUCGUCGUUGGUUCUCGUCGGAUAUCUGGAAGCCCAACUCCGAGAUACGGUGUUCUGUUCGCGCAAUAUUCCACAAACAUUUCAAUGCGUUUUCAAUGUUCUUGUGCUCGGCGAUUGCUUGAUGACACGACACAUUGCCGCAGAUCUAUUGAAACGAUUGGUCGUCAGCGAUACACCGAAUGUCUCGUCAACACCUGUGAUAACGUCGACUGGUAAAGAUCUCAUCAAUUACUCAUAUUUCGAACGAUCCAUUCAAGCGCUAGCCUCCCUCUUCAUACAGCUGGAUCCAAGAUCCGAGGAAUCCUUAAAGAUCUACGAUAUAUUUCUGUCGUUUUGCUCACUGAAUCAAAUGCGUAUUCCAAUUACAAUGGCUAUCCUCAAAUGUCCACCAAAGGAACAACGUCUCACAACACCCGUCUUGUCCAUGUGUUCUACGGCUCAAAUGACAUUCGAUGAGGCCAUCCUGCCGGAUGCUCCGUUGAAAGCUGUUAAAUUGCUCAGAUAUGUUCUAAAGGAGGCGAUUGAGAGCGGUGCCCAUGCUCAAGACUAUGUACCGUCCGAGUUGAUCCUGCGACUGAUCGAGGAUAAUAUCAAGACACCAGUUGAGACUGCAAGUGAACUGGUUUCAUUUCAGUGCAAACGAAUAACUGAGGGUUUAAGGCUUGCCGAAACCGUCUCCAACGAUGACGACUUAAGGGGUGACAUUCUCGACGUUGUAACCGCACCACUGUGUGCGCAUAUCGUCGAGUCUCAAAUGCUCUCCAAUCCAAUCGUACCGUAUAUGGGUCGUCCAAUUGCAAUGCGCAAUGAACUGCCACCCAGCUGGAGUGCUGACGGUGUAUCAAUUGUUCUGGAGCUGUUGAGGGUGCUGGCCGCUCUGAAGGAUUACUCAAAACUGCAUAAAGAUCAAUAUUGGAAACUUUUAAAGGACGAUCGCCUUGUACCGUUUGUUGCCUAUGCAAUAGCGUUCGGUAAUCACGAGUUAACCUACGAUGCCCUUCUUCUCUAUACGCAUUGUGCUCAAGUGCAGGAAUUCCCAACGAAAUGGUCAGGAAUAAAUAAUAUAAACCAGAAAUAA